CAGAGCUGGUACCGACUAAUGAUCCUCACGGUCCUGCUGCAUGAUUCGAAACUCCACGUCUUACCUUCAUAAAGACAUCCUGCCGACAGCUUUUACUGCAGCCGUUAAGUUUCUUAUUGAUACUUGCUAAAAGAUACGUUAUUGUAAUGUAAACUGUAUUGGAAAUGCUCUGCGAACCGUAUAGCUCCUAAUAAUGAUACCCUGCUCCUCGAAUUAAAACAGUGUAUGGCGCAAACGUAAAUGAAACAAACAUGUCUCCUUGCUGAGGUAACAACUGGUGGUAUUCUUUUGCGUUCAAGUUUUCAGGUGCUGUGGUGUGCCCAUGGAGAAGCCAUCAUCUUCAGGUAGAGCAGCUCUGGAGGAGAGAAAAAGCCUAGUGGAGGAUGAAGUGAUAAGAGGAGCUGAGGGUGGAGAGGUGGAUCCUCAGACCCCGAGGAAGAGCAGCUCCUCCCGCUCUUCCCGCAAGAGCUUCCGCCUGGACUAUCGGUUGGAGGAGGAAGUUACAAAGUCCUGUCGAGACAAACAUGGCCGCUGGAUCAACCCCUGGCCCACAUGGCGGUUCCCUUCCUACUCAAUGCUGCUGAGAUUCUUCUUGUUGGAUAAAAAUCACAGCAAUGUGCCAACUAGUAAAGAGGUUCUGGACAGUGAGCUCCCAGUGAUGGAACCGUACUUUGUCCAGAACCCAGACCUCUCUGACUCUGGUCCAGGUCUGAGAGUCACCUGGCUGGGUCACGCCACAGUUUUGGUUGAAAUGGAUGGACUCAAUAUUCUGACAGAUCCAAUCUUCAGCCAGAGGGCCUCACCUUUCCAGUUCAUGGGGCCCAAAAGGUACAGAGGGCCUCCCUGCACCGUGGAACAGCUGCCCAGGAUCGAUGCUGUUGUGAUCAGUCACUCUCAUUUUGACCAUCUGGAUGCUGGAUCUGUUGCCAGCCUUAACGCACGCUUCGGAGGGGAGCUACGCUGGUUCGUGCCCCUUGGUUUGAUGGACUGGUUGGUGAAAAUGGGCUGUGAGAAUGUGAUGGAGUUGGACUGGUGGGAGGAGAACUGUGUCCCAGGUCAUGAUGAAGUGACAUUUGUCUGUACACCAUCUCAGCAUUGGAGCAAACGCACAGCUCUGGAUGACAACAAGUCUUUAUGGGGCAGCUGGUCUAUUUUGGGUCCAGACCAUCGAUUCUUCUUUGCUGGUGAUACUGGCUACUGCGCUUCCUUCCAGGAGAUAGGAAGGCGCUUCGGGCCAUUUGACCUUGCAGCAAUCCCCAUCGGAGCGUAUCUGCCCAGGGACGUUAUGCAGGGGCAGCAUGUGGAUCCAGAGGAGGCUGUUCUAAUUCACCAGGACCUUCAGGCCAAACAGUCUGUGGCCAUUCACUGGGGGACCUUUGCUCUCGCCUAUGAGUACUAUAUGGAGCCGCCGGUUCGUCUUAGAGAGGCCCUGGAGCAGAAAGGACUGAAACCAGACUCCUUCUUCACUUUGCAUCAUGGGGAGUCUCGCCUUAUAGCUUCACGGGAAGGAGACGUCUUUGAAUGAUCCUCCACUCUGCAGUGUGCUGUGGGCUGAACUUACUGUAGAUUUCUGUCUGUAACAAAGUGAACAUUUUAUCAUAUAUAGAUGGACUCCAGUGAUUAAAGUAUGAAGUGCAUUUGUAUGCAGCUUAUUCCAACUUAAAAUUAAAAUGUUUGAUACUGUUUACAUACUGAAUGUUUGCCCUGCCAUCACAUGGUCAUUGGUGAACCGUACUACCUGGAGGAGCUGUGACUGUACUCUGUGUGAAAAAAAAAAAAAAAAGGGUUUGUUAGGUUUACACAAUAAAAAAAGUUUUUAAUUCUUAGCUCAGUCAGUGUGGUAUGUACAGUUGAAAGGUUAUUGUAUUAGUGUGAGAAAAAAUCAGUUUUUUGUAAUCUCAAACUGUUAUAAAUAAUCAUAUUUAGAACAUGGUCUGCACACUGGCUGGAGAAACUUUUCAGCCCUGAGGAGAAAAUUAUGCACAAACAAGUUAAAAACAACCACUGAAAAGAAACCUGUGUGCUUAAUAUCACUGGUUUGUGGAAGCUUGAUCAUCAGUUGACCAGGAUUGUUUUUCUGAUUUUAUUUACAUCAGAAAGUCAAAUCAGAAUUUAAAAAAAAGAGAUGCAAUGAGAAUUAAACUCAGAUGGAGUGAAUGGUGCUGGUACCAAGUUACUAUAAAUGGCUUGAACUUUUAAAAUGGAGAUAUUCAUGCAGGUGAAGUUUGGCAUAGGGAACAAUGACAAACCUUCACGAUGAAGCUGGGCAGGAGACUGCAGGCACUGUGUUGCAUCUUCAUGUUCACACAGAGCUGGACAUAACUUCUUGUGGUCUGAAAUAUCAAAGAGAAAAACUGUUAGAAAGUUAUUUUCCAAGAGUGGUGAUAGCUAAUGCCAGAUUGCAGUGCUAUAUUUUUGUUUGUUUCAGAAUGUAUCUUAGCUGAUCCAAAACUACACAAGACAAAGUGUUAGAAUAAAUCUGUUUUUGUUGUCUGUGA